AUGCUUCUCAUUACCUGCGCUGAUGACUACUUGGGCUACUGCAUCACUUCUCACUUGUCUCAAUCUGCUGCACUGUGUUCUGAUAUGCGUGUCUUGUGUCAAGAGACAAAUACCAAGUUACCCUGGUUGUGCAAUUUUGCCAAAAAGGGGAUUGAUGUGCUUCCUGUAAAUCCUGAGCAUCCGAAUCAUCUGUCCAAAGCCAUGCGCAACAUUGAUCAAGUUAUUCUCAUCAUGAGCAACCAUACUGACCGAGUGGCGCACUGUCGACGUAUUUGCAACGCAGCAUCUAAAUCUGGUGUCCAAUCCAUCAUCUUUCUCUCACAUCAAGGCGCACAAUCAGAGCAACAUCAAGCCCUGUAUGAUUAUGGGCUGGUGGAGAAUCAUUUGGUGUCCAAGCAGCAACAACAACAAGAUAUGAAUUGGGUCAUUCUGCGACUCGAGUUUAUACAGCAAUACUUUCAUUUGUGGUCUCACCAGGUGGAGGUCUCUGGCGCCAUGUCAUUACCCUUGAAUUCAGAUACGGAGCUGUGUCCCAUUGAUAUCAGUGAUGUUGGCGCAGUUAUUGCAGCAUUUGUCCUGCAGCAAGAUGGCUCCUUUGCAGCCUGCUUAAAUGAAUACCAUGCUGGUCAAGUGUACACGUUGACUGGCCCCGAAGCAGUAACUAGCAAGUCCAUUGUCUCUAUGAUGUCUGAUGCCACUAUGUAUAAGCUGCAUCGCUAUCUUAAGGUGCGUCUUAUGGAUACAGCGUACUACCUUAGAGAUCUCCGGCGCAACAUUUGGUUUGAUGAGCGUCUCAAGAAGGAGAGAUCUGCAGUGUAUACGGAUCAGGAGGAAUAUGGCUACAGAACAAAAGCACUGUGUCUUCCCCAUGAUGUCCAGAUUCAGACCUUUCUCGACUACUUUGACUGGAUCAACAAGACGUCCAGCAGUGUCCAUGUGGAGCAUGUAGAAGUCAUUACCAAGGCGAAAUCAAGAACAUUGCAAGCUUAUUUUCACGAAAAUGCAAUCAGCUUUAAGCCCAGAGUCUAA